AUGGCCUCUGAGUCGAAAUCUACCUCCGAACCACCGCGAAAUUGCCCGAGGUGCGAGUCGACCAACACCAAGUUCUGCUACUACAACAACUACAGCUCCUCACAGCCCCGCUACUUUUGUCGAGCUUGCCGCCGCUACUGGACCCAAGGUGGAGCCCUCCGCAACCUUCCCCAUGGCUCUUCCGCCACCCGCCGAGUCGCCAAACAAUCCAAGAGACCCUCACCCACCUCUUACUACUCUGUAGCCGUCAGCACUACUUCUGUUACACCUCUCUACCACCAAAUGAACACCGGGACGGUAGAGCCGCCUCGGUGCUUCAGUGGUGGUAGAUUGCCAAGGCAGUUGUCAAUGGGAAGCCAGACUAUCGAUCCCUCGAUGGUUGUCGGGGUUCGGAUUCCGCCGGCGCAGCCAGAGAUGGCAGGAGCGGUGAGUACGGUGGCUGGGGAAGAAGGAGAUAGGAUUUUGGGUAAUUUGUUUGGUGGAUUUGAGGAUGGUUCUGGUGGUGAGGGUGCAGUUAAGAAGAUGCCUUCGGCUUCUUCUGGGCCGUUUAUUUGA